AAACUUUUUAAAAUUAAAUAGUUCUUUGACUCGUUUUACAUUAUGUUUUUCCGUAUCAGCUCCAUAUUUUAUGCAUAUAAAUUCGAUUUCUGUCGCAAAAAGAAAGCUUCUUAAAGGUAUAAAAAAUGAACGUUACUAUUCAAACUUUAACUUCAGUUGAACAGUUCAGUUAUAUCUCUAUUGCUACUCUUAGCGUGCUUUCGCUUGGUGUUGUCACAGUCAAUUUUAUUUGCUUGGUUAUUGUAAGAGCUUCUAAGAAAAUGUCUAACAGACCAUCAAUACAUUUUAUUAUCAACUUAUUGAUAGUAGAUUUAUUGCAAGGAUUAUUUGUAAUUCCAAUUUAUGCAAUAAGAAAAUUGAAUACUCAAAGUAGAUUUUGGGAUAGUGUUAUCUGUAGUUCUUUUCGAUUUUUAUACAUGUUAACGUAUUAUAUGUCAAUAUUUUGUGUUCUCCUUAUUGCGUUGGAUCGGUAUAUUGCUACUACUUUUGUUUUCAAAUAUAAAACUUUGAUUAAAGUAAAAACAGUAAGAAUUAUUAUAACUGCAACUUGGGUUUAUGUCACGGCUUUGUGUUUAAUUCCAUUUUUCAAAACGUCAACUCAAAGUGAUAAUGAUUUUUGUAUUUAUCGUCAGACAGAUGCAUGGACAAUAACGAUGCUUAUUCUUCAUUGUUUUGUUCCUUAUUUGGUAAUUUUAUAUUUCUAUAAAAGUAUUUUUAAACAUAUUCGAGAUAUAGAAAAAGAAUCUGGGAGGACAGAUGAUACAUCUUUGUCGGAUGGAGCAACAUUUUCUCAACAUAAUGUCUCAACAUUCAAUGGUAUAAAUGCUAUUUACUUAUCAAUCAAAAAUAAAAAAAGGAUACCAGAAAAUACCAGAAACAUACUGAAAAUUUCAGUUUUUAUUUCAAUUUGCUACGCCAUUUGUUGGACGCCUUCGGUCAUUUAUUAUGUACUAAGCACGUUCUGUCGCGAGAAAUGUUUCUCAAAAACAUAUAUGAACUCUGUUAAUCAAACUUACCUAGAAUUUGUUAUCAAAUAUUUAGGAUUUUUGAAUUCACUUGCAGCGCCAAUGAUCUAUUGUUUUACUGUAAAAGAAUUUCGAUUUCAAUUGUGUUCUAGACAAAAAAAAGUAAUUUGCAAUUCGUUAGAAGACCAAUCUUUUACAAAUGUGAAAAUUUAUUAUAAAGUGUAACUCAGGACAAUAACUAAACUUUAAGGACUACUUUAAAAUCAUUAAAAUUGCUGUUUAAAAUCAUGAGAACAAAAUUAAUUCUUUACCUUUAUAUAUAAAUGAAAUAUGUAUUUUAACUUGUGUAUAAAUUGUAAUAUAAAAUCGAUACUUUAAUAUGAAUACUAGAUUAUAAAUAUAAUGAUCAUUUUUUUUAUUAAUUUUUUUAAAAUUACAUAUUUUAUGAUUCUAUUAUAAUUUCAAAUUG